AUGAAACUGAUCACUUCUCUCACUGCCAUGGUCGCGGCUGCAUCAGCCGGUCACAUCUUCAACCAGCCACAAGCCGAGCACUAUGCCAACGCGGCAGAUAACUACCAAUUAGCGGCCGAGUACCAACAGCAUGGAAUCCAAGCUGGCCAAUCUAAUUACGCACAUGAUUUGGCCUAUCAGAGGCAAUCAGCUGAUAAAAAUGCCAAGAUCUUAGCUUAUCAGUCUGAGAACAAUGGUCAUAGCUACCAUUAUGCAUAUGAAACUGAAAAUGGUAUUAAAGCCCAAGAAGCAGGCCAUGUAUCUAAAGGCACUCGCGCUGAAGGUGCUUACUCCUACACUGGUGACGAUGGCCACGUGUACACUGUGACCUACACCGCUGAUGAGCACGGGUUCCGCCCUCAGGGCGCUCAUUUACCCACAUCACCGCCAAUCCCAGAGGCGAUCUUGAAAUCUUUGGAAGAAAAUGCGAAAAAUGAAGCUAACGGCAUCUUUGAUGACGGUCACUACCAAGAACAACAUCAAGCUGAAAACUACCAGGCUGAACCGAUUCUAUACCAAGAACACCAAUCUCAGGGUUACGACAAUCAACAAUCCUACAAUUACAAUAAUCAACAAGCGCAAGGUUUCAACAACCAUGCAGCAGCGGCCUCUGGUUACCAUCACUAA